UCAAACAACAACAGAAGCUGCAAAACUGCGAGAAACCACAGUCCUGUUUGAAAACCCGAAGGCGAUGUUUUCUCGCGGGUGGAGGUUUGGCUGGAACCGGUACAGGGAGGUGGACCUCUUUACGGACCGACAUGAAUCCAGUGCAGAAACCCUGUCGCAGGCCAUCAGAGCUGCAGCCUCCGAGGAUCCAGAGGCGGAUGGCAGCGUGCUGUUUGGCCACCUGCAGGGGACUGUGGUGGGCCUCAGAUACUACACAGGAGUGGUAAACCCAGGGGAGAUGGUCGGUUUAGUGCGGCAGCCUCAGAAUCCAUACGACCGCAACGCUGUGAUGGUUGCCAACAUUUACGGCAAUCAGGUGGGACAUAUCAAGAAGGAGCUGGCCGCAGCGAUGGCGCACGUCAUGGACAACAACCUGGCUAAAGUAGAGGGGGUGGUGCAUUCAGGUACUAGAAAUAGCUUCACUAUGCCUGUGAUGCUGUCCUUCUGGGGACGAGAAGAGAAUAGAAAGUCUGUGACUGAGCUGAUGGCCCGUCGGGGAUAUAAACUCAACACAAGUGGAAGCGCACUAUCAGGUGUGAAUCCAAAAUCCUACAGUAGUACAGCUGGACAAGCUCUCUCAUUCAAAAAAGGUGUGACUGUCCCACUAACAGCAGAGGAGCUGAAGAAUGCGUUCGAUAACCUGUUCGAAGAUUUGAUGGAGAGUAAAGAUGGUGAGAAAGGAGCAGCUAAGGCUGUGUGUACUCCCCUCCUGCCUCACCAGAAGCAGGCGCUGUCCUGGAUGUGUGCUCGAGAGAACAAGUCUGCUCUGCCACCGUUCUGGGAGAAGAGAGGCGAGCUGUACUACAACAGUGUCACGGGCUUCUCUGCAAAAGAAAUACCAGAGAGGCUUCGAGGAGGGAUACUGGCGGACGACAUGGGGCUGGGUAAAACCCUGACGACCAUCGCUCUGAUCCUCACUAACUUUCACGAAGGGAAGCCGCUGCCUGUGGAUGAAAGCGCUUCACCAUUAAAAGGUCAAAACAGAUCCCACAUGGACUCCGAGCUAGAAGGACGCAGCCACGCAGAUGCUGGAGGAGGAGUCGAUACACAAAGUGGGCCGUCAGACCGUGUGACCAGCGUUGAUGUUCCAGAUGUGGAGAUAGUCGAGGAGUCACAGAAGAAUACAAGCAAAGAAAAGAUGAAACCCACCAAACGGAAGCUCAAUAAAGAGGCUCCGGUGUUGCUGGACGACAUGGACUUUGCCGCAGCGCUGAGCGGUUCAACGACAAACACAACCGCAAAGAAGAAGAAAACUGCUAAGAAAGCUAAUCCCACACAGAAUGUUGAAUCUUCCGUCAGUGAAAGCACAGAAGAGCUUUCAGCCAGAACGACGCUCAUCGUCUGCCCGCUGUCUGUGCUCAGCAACUGGCUGGAUCAGUUCGAACAGCAUGUGCACGCCAACAAGAAGGUGAAAGUCUACCUUUACUACGGCACGGAGCGCAACAGGAGCCAGAAGUUUCUGUCCUCACAGGACGUGGUGAUCACCACCUACAAUGUCAUCUCUGCGGACUUCGGGAAUAAGAGUCCUCUUCAUGGGAUUAACUGGCUGAGGGUCGUGCUGGAUGAAGGUCACAUCAUAAGAAACCCAAACGCACAAAUGAGUAAGGCCGUGCUCCAGCUGAAAGCUCACAGGCGCUGGAUUCUCUCAGGCACUCCAAUCCAGAACAGUGUGAAGGACCUGUGGAUGCUGCUGGCCUUCCUGCGUCUGAAGCCGUUCGACGCGAGAGAGUGGUGGAACCGAGUGAUCCAGAGGCCCGUGACUCAAGGAGACCGGGCCGGGCUGAAAAACCUUCAAACGCUGGUGAAGUGCAUCACCCUGAGGCGCACCAAGAGCAGCAAAGUGAAGGGACGCCCCCUGGUGUCGCUGCCGGAGAAGAGCGUGUACGUGGAGCAGGUGGAACUCAGCCAGGCGGAGAGGGAGGAGUACGAACUGGCGCGCAACGACGGGAAAAAUAUCAUCGGCAGGUAUGUGGCUGAAGGGACGGUGCUGAAGCACUAUGCGGAUGUCCUGGUCAUCCUGAUGCGGCUCCGGCAGCACUGCUGCCACCCCGACCUGCUGACCAAGACGUCCUCGGAUUUAGGCGCCGCGGCGACGCCGGCAGAGCUGCGGGAGCGUCUGAUCGAGAAGCUGCGGCUGGUUCUGGCGAGCGGCUCCGACGAGGAGUGCUCGGUGUGUCUGGACUCGGUCCAUCUGCCCGUCAUCACGCACUGCGCCCACGUCUACUGCCGGCCCUGCAUCGCACAAGUGAUCAGCACGGAGCAGAACGCUCGCUGCCCUCUGUGCCGAAGCGAGAUAAAGACCAGCGAGCUGGUGGAGUAUUCAGAGGAGACGGAAGAUGAGAAUAGCGGGAACUCGGACAAGUGGAGGACAAGCUCAAAGGUGCAAGCGCUCAUGGGAAACCUGCUCCGGCUGCGAUCUGAAGACGGCAGCAGGAAGUGCCUGGUCGUCUCCCAGUUCACACGCUUCCUCACCCUCCUGGAGACGCCCCUCAGAGAACAUGGUUUCACUUUUGUGCGCUUGGACGGCAGCCUGACCCAGAAGAGAAGGACACAGGUCAUUAAGGAGUUUCAGAGCGCCGCUGCGGACAGCCCCACCGUCAUGCUGCUGUCACUCAAAGCCGGAGGGGUGGGGCUUAACCUGACCGCCGCCUCUCACGUCUUCCUCAUGGACCCCGCAUGGAACCCAGCAGCCGAGGAGCAGUGCAUCGACCGCUGCCACCGUUUGGGCCAGAAGAGAAACGUUGUCGUCACCAAGUUCAUUGUGAAGGACUCGGUGGAGGAGAACAUGGUGAAGAUCCAGAGGCAGAAGCAGGACUUGCUGGAGAAGGCGUUCGGCUCCUCGGACAGCGACAGGAGCAAAUCCCGCAUCGACGAUAUCCGAGCUCUGAUGGAGCUUUAAAGUGUUCAUCUGCCGACUCUUCAGAGAACAGAAAAGCACCCUGACAAGAAUAGUUAAAAGCUUUACUUUUGUUUUAACAUCUCAGUCUGAGAUCAGAUUUUCAGGGUCUUUAUUUUUGCGAGGUUUUCAAACUGUUUUUCUAGAAAACACUGUAAAUUGUUUAAGCUUAAAGCUUUUGUACAUGUUGAAAAACAGUUAAAACUGUUUGGUUUUUCCUUUAUCAUGCUUAAUUUGGAUGCAAUAUCCCAGGAUAAACGGCCACCUGUGGUAGAUAUUCAGUUAAAGAAGUGGCCGCAGUGCAAUGCAGAUUUCAGAGGUGUUUCA